AUGAUCCGAACGGAUCAGCUCGUCAGAAACCCUACUUUUCUUCAACCCAUUGGUAUUGUUAUUGAUCUCUCGAUUAAUUAUCCAAUUGGUGGUUGUUUUUCGUGGGGCACAUAUACACCUAACUCACACAGAGGCAUUGAAAAUAAUCCAAAGAGAAUAUCCCCAGGCCUUCAGGAUAACAUAUGUGGACAAAAUUAG